AUGUCGCGCUCGAGAGUGAACAGCAUUUCUUAUUUUCCAGGUUUCUCACACUUGUUUGUCUCCAUUCGCGUCAACAAUGUGUCCCACUGGCACCUCAAUAGCUCAUCUCCACCCUCAUCUGGCAUCAAGAAUAGUAACAGCACAGAAAAAAGAGGAUAUGAGUUGGACCCAGAGAGAUCCAGAGUACGAAUUUGGUGGACAGGGAAAAGCGAAGGCGACGGUGGAAAAGGAGAGUGUGGAGACGUAUCGUCGAUACGGAGUGGGAUAAUCAAAGCCCCUGUCCGUGGUUUAAUGGGCAGAGGAGAAGCAGAAAGAGAAGCCGAAGUUGAGUCGACAGAAAACAAUAGUUUAAACACAAAGCGGGCCGUCGGAGUGCAUUUGAUGAAAGCGAGUGGAACUGAGCUUUACCGAAAAGACACAGAAAAGGAAGAAGAUGAGGAGAAAGAGGGGACGGAAAAGGCACGCAGAGGUCCAGAACCAGUUUAA